AUGUCAAGGAGGAAGGAGCAGAUGGUGGCUCAUGUCUGCAUAUCAUAUAUUACGUUUAGCCCUGAAGAAGAGCUUACACUACUCAGUUUUCCGGAACGAAUGACGAAAAUUCUGCAAACGGUUGGAAAACCAAUUGUGGAGGCGUCAUUGUCAACCUUCAUCUGCAUGUUGCCGUUGUUCUACGUCCGUACCUACAUCAUUGUAGCAUUCGCCAAGACUGUCACCCUCGUGGCAACAUUCGGACUCCUCCACGGGAUCGUGAUUAUCCCCGUUUGUUUGUCGUUUUUCCCUGUAAGGACAAAGUCACCUGCUGCAAGGACAUCAGGUCAUCUGGAGGAACAGAAAGGAGUCUAUGCUCGCGUGAGCUGUGACAACUUGCCAUUGGUGUGCGAGCAGUACAGUAGCGCGGCUGCGCCAAAAAGAGUGUUAGAUGCAGGGUUGUCCUGA